AUGUUGGAGCGAGCCGGCUGCGGGCUGUUCCUGGAGAAAUACGGCUACUUCGGCGAGCCGGGGCCCGGCACACACAGCCCCGCCGAGUUCACGGAGGCAGUGAGGGACUUCCAGCGGGUGACCCACCUCCCGCUCAGCGGGGUCCUGGAUGCCCCCACGCUCCAUCAGAUGGCUCUGCCGCGGUGCGGCACGGGCGAUGGGCAGAGCCGCGCAGCCUGGGCACGCCGGGCAUCUGCCACCCGGCGCCGCAGGCGUACCACGCAGCACGGCGGGAGGUGGUACAAGCGGCACCUGACCUACCGGGUGGUGAACUGGCCCUCCUACCUGCCACAGCACGAGGUGCGCCUGGCCGUGAAAGCCGCCUUCGAGCUCUGGAGCAACGUGUCCUCGCUGGUGUUUUGGGAGGCACGGGAUGGCCCAGCUGACAUCCGCCUGACCUUCUUCCAUGGAGACCACAACGAUGGACUCAACAAUGCCUUCGAUGGACCAGGAGGUGCCCUGGCUCACGCCUUCUUCCCCCGGCGUGGAGAAGCCCACUUCGACAGCGCUGAGCGCUGGUCCCUGCACAGCGGCAAAGGGCGCAACCUCUUCAUCGUGGUGGCCCACGAGGUCGGCCACACGCUGGGGCUGGAGCACUCCCCCGUCAAGAGUGCCCUGAUGUCUCCCUACUACAAGAAGCUCAGCAAGGAUUUUGUCCUCAGCUGGGAUGACAUCUUGGCUGUCCAGAACUUGUAUGGGAAGCCCUCCAAAGGCUUGGCCAUCCAGCUCCCGGGAAAGGUCUUCACUCACUUCCAGGACUGGAACACGGACCUUUACGACGGGGACCGGCAGCAAAGGAGCCUCAGCGCCUAUUACUGCCACUCCUUCUUCGACGCCAUAACCGCUGAUGGGGAUCACAACCUCUACAUCUUCAAGGGCAGCCACUACUGGGUGGUGCCCACGAGUGGCAACGCCAGCGACCCACGGCCCCUGCAGACGCGCUGGCCCGGUCUCCCCGCUGGCAUCGACGCCUGCACCUGGUCCCAGCUCAGUGGCAAGUUUUAUUUCUUCAAAGGUGGCCGAUGCUGGUGCUACAUGGGCUCCACCCUGGCGGCAGGUUUCCCCCAGAAAUGCAGUGCCCGCGGCCUCCCACGGCACCCCGACACCGCGCUCUACUUCCAGCAGCUCCGGCGCCUGGUCCUCUUCAAAGGACCCAAGUACUUCGUGGUGAGCGAGGAGACCCUCGGCGUGGAGCCCUACUACCCCCGCAGCCUGCGGGACUGGGAGGGCUUGCCCCCUGGCACGGCGGGUGCCCUCACCCACCGCGACGGCUUCAUCUACUUCUUUCGGGAUGACCAGUACUGGCAAUUCGACCGGGCGAAGCUGCAAGUGGUGGCCACCGGCAAAUGGGCCACCCAGCUACCCUGGAUGGGCUGCUGGGAUGCAAACGGAAUGGAGGGUCGGCAGCUGGAGGAGGAGACCCAUCCCCUGCGGGUGCUUCGGCACCAGCUGCAGACACCAACACCGUGGGAUUUUGGGGGAGAAAGCAGAGGGUUUUGGUGUAGGAGCCUCUUUGGGGUGAAGGAAGAGGGGGAGGUGGGCUGCUGCUUCGUUGAUGGUUCUGCCAGGACUCGGACCCCGGCGCUGGGUGCCUUUCUUCGCGUCGGUGGCUUCGGCACCGGGCUGCGGCUGGUCCUGCCGUGCCGGGAUGCCAUGUCGGGGUGCCGAGUCGGGAUCCCCUCCCGAUGCCAGCAGCUGUUCUUCAGCGUAGCGUCCUCUGCUCACCCUCACCCACCCUAG